AGCUUGGAGGGCCGUGCCAUGUCCUUCCAGAGCGUCAUCCACCUGUCCCUGGACAGCCCUGCCCAUGCCCUCUGUGUGCUGGGCAUGGAAAUCUACUUGGAUCUUAGUGGGUGCGCCCCCCAGAAGUGCAAGUCCUUCACCAUCAGUGGCUCUCUGGGGGUCUUAGUCGAUGUCCACAACUCGGUCCCAGUAAUGACCAGGGAGGAGGCGGCCACGACCCGGUGGCCCCUGUCUGAUUCCAUGGACGUGCUGGUGAAGAUGCAGUCCCCCAGCUCUGCCAUCGAUGGGGACAAGGUCUCAGUCUCAUACUAUGAGCCCAACGAGGACGUCCCCGUGGCCACAGCUACGCUCUACCUCACUGGCAUCGCUGUCUCCCUGGACGUGGACAUCUACCGCAGUGGGCAAGUCGAGAUGGCAAGUGACAGACGGGCUAAGAAAAACUGGGUCUGGGGCCCCAGCGGUUGGGGUGCCAUCCUGCUUGUGAACUGCAGCCCAGCUGACAUGGGCCAGCUCGUGGACAGGAAGACCACGAAGACGUUCUUCUCAGAGGAAAUAAAGAAUCUGUCCCAGAUGACACUGAACGUUCAAGGGCCCAGCUGCAUUUUAAAGAAACACCGGCUGGUUCUCCACACCUCCAAGGAAGAGGCAGAGAAGGCGAGGGUCUACCGGCCCCAAGAAGACAGCUGCAGCACCUUCGAGUUGGUGGUGGGGCCUGGCCGGCACACCUACACCUUUCCCCGCCUCGAGAACCGCUUGAAGGAAACCUUCUAUGUCGAAGCUGUGGAGUUCCCGUCCGCCAGCUUCCCGGGCCUGGUCUCCUACUCUGUCUCGCUGGUGGAAGAGUCUCAAGACCCAUCGAUUCCAGAGACCCUGGUGUACAAAGACACGGUAGUGUUCCGGGUGGCUCCUUGCAUCUUUAUUCCCAGCACCCAGAUGCCUCUAGAGGUUUACCUGUGCAGAGAGCUGCAGGUCCAGGGUUUUGUGAACACAGUGAUGGAGCUGAGCGAGAGGAGUGACAGCCAGGUGGCGUCUGUCUACGAGGACCCCAACCGCCUGGGCAGGUGGCUCCAGGAUGAGAUGGCCUUCUGCUACACCCAGGCUCCCCACAAGACUAUUUCCUUGGUUCUCGACACCCCUCGCGUCCUCAAGCUCGAAGAUUUCCCCAUGAAAUACUCACUGAGCCCUGGGGUUGGCUACGUGAUCCAGUGCACCAAGGACCAUAGGGUGGCCAGCAUGGAUUCCAUUGGGAACCUGAUGGUGUCCCCACCUGUCAAGGUCGGAGGGAAAGAGUACCCCCUAGGCAGGAUCCUCAUUGGCAGCAGCUUUUACCCCAGCAAGGAGGGCCGGAACAUGAGUAAGGCCCUCCGGGGCUUCCUCUACGCCCAGCAGGUCCAGGCCCCGGUGGAACUCUUCUCAGACUGGCUGAUGAUCGGCCACAUAGAUGAGUUCAUGUGCUUCAUCCCCACACAGGACAAGCGUGAGGGUGACAAGGGCUUCCUGCUGCUCCUGGCCAGCCCCAGCUCCUGCUACCAACUGUUCCAGGAGAAACAGAAGGAGGGCUAUGGAGACAUGCCCCUGUUUGAAGAGGUUAGAACGGAUCAGCUCCUUUCUAAUGCGAGGGAGGCCAAGACCAUCCACCAACUUCUGGCUGAUGAAGACAUGAGAAAGCAGAACGACUAUGUGCAAAAGUGCAUUAACCUGAACCGGGACAUCCUGAAGAAGGAGCUGGGCCUGGUGGAGAGGGACAUUAUCGACAUCCCGCAGCUCUUCUGCUUGGAGCAGCUGACUAAUGCCCCCUCCGACCAGCAGACUGGGAAACUCUUCGCGAGGCCGUUCUUCCCCAACCUGCUACAAAUAAUAGUGAUGGGCAAGAACCUGGGCAUCCCCAAGCCUUUUGGGCCCCGGGUCAAGGGGACCUGCUGCCUGGAAGAGAAGAUCCGCCAGCUGCUGGAGCCCUUGGGCUGCCACUGCACCUUCAUUAACGACUUUGACUGCUACCUGACUGAGAUUGGCGACUUCUGCGCCUGUGCCAACAUCCGCCGGGUGCCCUUCGCCUUCAAAUGGUGGAGGAUGGUGCCUUAG